AGAGCGAGUUUGGUUUUCCUUUCGGUCGGAUCGCGUUCCGCGUUCGUUCAACCUUCCUUCGUCCUGUGCGUGUUGGUAACAAUUUCUGUAACUACUGCUACCUAUCAUAUUAUUACCGUAACGUGUACCGCAAAGUGAAAAUCGAAUGUUUGUGUAACAAUGUCCUGCGGAAUGACAUCACGGGGCUGAAUUUUUUUUUACAUCGACUACCGAAGAGGCUGCUGGGUGGAAAAGUUUGCAAUUUUCCUGUGUGUUUUACGCCUCCCCACCGUUCAUUUGUUUACCGUGUGAUGGUGGCGACUGCUGUUGGGGAAAUGUUUUAGUGUUUUCGUAUGGAAUGGCGGAUGUGUUGGAAGAUUAAUAUAGCACAAGAAGCUUAAAUUUUACAGCAUAACAACAGCACCGAAAAAUUACGAACGGAUUCGCACUUAUUUUGGUGUAAGCACGAAAGAAGCAAAAACCAGAAAAGUGAAAAUUUUCAAGUGGAAUUCCGCCACCCCCAGGCAGCAGCUCUUGUUUGCGAAGAAAUCGAAACGGAUUACAGCAGUGGAAAAUGGUGCAAAAGUACGAGUCCUCCGUGAGGAUAUAUAAAUAUCCUUUUGAGCUGGUUAUGGCGGCAUACGAACGCCGCUUCCCUAUUUGCCCCCAGAUGCCAAUCGUGCUGGACUGUGAAGUCAUCGAAGAUGCAGUCAUAGACAACGGAGCCAAGCGGGAAACGAAACGACGCUGCAAGUUGGCCGUUGAUGCGCCCUAUCUGUUCAAGAAGAUCAUCGGCAUCGACGUGGCUUACUUCCUUCAGAUGAACUUCCUGGACAUGAAGGCCCGAACUCUGAACAUCGAAGCUACCAACGAAACGUUUUCGUCGAGAAUUGAAAUAUUCGAAAAAUGCCGCUACUAUGCCCAUCCGGAAAACCCUGACUGGACCUGCUUCGAUCAGACGGCGACGUUGGAUAUUAAGAAUUUCUUCGGCUUCGAACACUCGAUGGAAAAGAUGGGCAUGAAGCAGUACUCGCAAACCACGCAAAAGGGCAAGGAAAUUAUCGAAUUCUUCAUCAACGAACUGAAAAAAGAAGGAAUCACGCAUGUGGAUAGAUGGAAGGAAAGCGAAACUACGGAGCCCGCGGCUACCAGUACAACGACAGUAUCAAUUUCCAGCGAAAAACCGCCCCUUACCCGUGAUAACAGCAUACUGGACGCGGACUACAUUGCCACGUACUUGGGCCAGUUGUCACCGCUGCAGGAAUCCCAGCUGGUUCAAUUCCGGAAAAAGAUCGAAGAAACCAAUCACGAACGCAAAGUGCCAGACUAUCAAACAUUGCUGCGAUUCCUGAGAGCACGUGACUUCAGUAUCGACAAGGCCAGUAGCAUGUUGCAGGAGUCGUUGCAGUGGCGCGAGGAACACCGGCUCGAUGACAUUCUCAGCGAGUACAAGACCCCGGUGGUGGUGGAAAAAUAUUUCCCCGGAGGAUGGCACCACCACGACAAGGACGGUCGACCGCUGUAUGUCCUGCGGUUGGGAAACAUGGAUGUGAAGGGUUUGCUCAAAUCCGUCGGCGAGGACGAACUGUUGAAACUGACGCUGCACAUUUGCGAGGAAGGUUUGAAGCUCAUGAAGGAGGCUACAAAAUUUUUCGGAAAACCAAUUUGGAAUUGGUGUCUGUUGGUUGACCUGGACGGACUAUCGAUGCGUCACCUCUGGCGACCGGGAGUGAAGGCACUGCUGAGGAUAAUCGAAACCGUCGAGAAAAACUACCCGGAAACCAUGGGCCGGGUGCUGAUCGUGAGGGCACCACGUGUGUUCCCGGUCCUGUGGACCAUCGUUAGUGCGUUUAUCGAUGAAAAUACCCGUUCAAAAUUCUUAUUCUUCGGUGGUCCGGAUUGCUUACACAUCGAAGAUGGAUUAGAGCACUACAUACCAACGGAAAAGAUCCCUAGCUUUCUGGGAGGAUCCUGCAAUCCACCAAGCAUUCCGGCAGUGGCGGAACCGGUGCCAUCCAAAUUGUACACACGAUGCUUUCUGAGCGCGUGUCACUGUACGCUGAUCCACGAGGGUGGUCUCAUACCCAAGCACCUGUACAAAUCGGAAUCCGUUGAGGAAUGCAACGGCGUACCGCACGUCCAUGAGCACCAUGGGUUGUACAAAUCGGUCGAUCUCAAGCCGGGGCAAAUGUUCGAGCUGAUCAUCAAAAACAACGAUCCCAAGUCGGUGUUGACGUGGGACAUUGAUGUGCUGAAGAACGAUAUCCUAUUUGCGCUGUACCGGACCGAUAAGGAGUUGGAGCAAAGUUUCAAUGAUUCGUUCUCAUCCGUGUUUGACAACUCCGAGCUGAAAGAAGGUGUUCACUACACUAGACUUGAAGAGAAGGUCCGGUGUAAACCGAAGGAGGGCGUACAAGGUUCCCACGAAAUGGCCACCGCCGGAACCUAUGUGUUGCAGUGGAUGUGUCCGCCAUCCUGCGAUGGUCCAGCUCAAUUGAUGUAUUUCCACGAGAUUCUUAGCUCCGCCAAUUACAAGGGCUCAAUGACUAGUCUACAGUCGGGGUUCUCCUCCAACAGUCUGCAAUCUCGAUGAGAUGAAACAGAUGAGACUGAUUCGCUGCCCCACGCCACUAGGGGGUAUCACUAGCAAAAGCAAAUCUCAUUCUCAUUAUCUCGAACCAGCAGAAUCUCUCUUGAUGGUAAAACGACGAACAUUUCACUAGGUGACACGUGCAAAGUUGCAUUUGAUUUGACAAAUUAUUGCAAUUUCAAAGGUUGUAAAGUAAGUAACGAUAAGCAAACAGUCGCAAAACGAAGAAUCUUUUAACGGUAUGCUUGAUGGAUGCGCAAAUGGUGGAAGGGUGGAUUGUCCUGCAUGAAGUAACCAAAUCCGAUUCACAUCAACUACGGUAAAUGCAGUAGAAACAGUAGGUCAACGGUGAUUAGCAAAUUCAUGUCCUUGCGGACCUAGACAUAAGACAAUAUCAGACAGCAGUAAAGUGCAGAAAUCUACAUGUAAAAGCAGAUUAUGGUCUUAGAUUCUACCUUGCAACACAAAUAUACUUAGCUUGAAAAUCAUUUUAUACAAUAGACACAACUUAUUGAUGUUGCACGAAAUCAGAUGCUUAAAUGAACAAAGCCAUUUUUCUACCCGGUUUUAACCAAACCAAAUCAUAGUGAGUUUAUAUUGUAUACAAAGAAAGAAAGAACAAAUCUCAGCUAUUCAAACAAACAGAAAUCAGUGUGAACCCCUAUUUUAGAAACAAUUUGUCCCCUAAGCAAAACUCUGUACAUAACAGUAAAUGUACGGCUUUAUGUGUAGGAAGCGCGCAGCUACCAGACAAGCAUCAAUCUAUUAUACCUCACAUCUAUCAACUUCACCGCCAAGUAGAACGAACUUAUGACCACUCUUUCGAAUAUACUGCAACUUUUCCAAUGUUCUUUAGGUACAGUUUACAUUUAUACCAUUUCCGUAUGAUCACUACUUAGUAUGGUUAUAACGUUUCAUUUGAUUAGUAUCAUGUGUAUCACGGGUAGGAGAGUAAUAGUAAUUAUAUAAAAGUGUUAAAGUAAAUUCUCUGUGAUAACUUUAAUAAAAGAUUUUUGUUCUGAAACGGAAUUGCAAAGUCGACGAAAUGUGAAACAUCAGAAGCAGUAUACGCUCCCAUUCUUAUAAUUGUGUUUGUCUAUAGAGUUAACCAUGAGUUCUUUUUCAUGACUAUGUUUCAAAAACAUUUUUUUUUUCUAAUUCUCUAUAUCUCAGUUACAUAACGAUCAUGUCCAGUCAAUACAGCAAACAGAUUCCAACCAAUGAAUAUACGUAUAGAAAUAGAGAAAUCAUAACCUCCUUCGAACAGUAAACACAAUAUUGUAAAAUGGAAUAGAUUAUAUCCAUAUAUAUUUUUGGAACAACUCAGAUACAAAACAAGUACAUAAUCAACCGUUUUAUCCGAAAGGCAGAUGCCUUUUAAUAUAAGUGCUUAAAUCAUAUUAUACUGGUGAGUUCAAGUCAAGUUCUUGCGUUUCUAAUCAGGUACGAUUGUUUUUAUCAAGUUGAGCGCUGCUGAAAAAUUACAAAGUUAAUUUCCCUCUAGGUUUAGUAAAAAAAAAAAAAACAAAACAAAAUCGUACUUUAUUGUUGGGAUUGAGCAUCAUUAUUAUAUAUUAUAGUUGUGCGUUACAUUCAGCAAAACAAAAAACGAACCUGCAAAUUUUGAUUAAAAGUAGAAGUAACAAAAAUGUUAAUUAUGGCAAGCGAAAACCGAUACCGAGAUGAUGCUGCGCAGAUCACCCAUUCAGAGAAGUGAAUCACAGAAAAUGCGGUUUGGUGACCGUUGGGAAUGUCAAUCGGUAA